AUGGAUAUUGAAACAAUGAAAGAUGGGAAUCGCGUGGAUUCGGCUCGAAUAGCGGAAAAUGUUUCCGGGACAAAACCUCCUCCUGUAGAAGUACAACGGUCGAUGCCGCUGUCGAAGUAUGCUACAAAAUCUUCCGGCAGAAGCACGCUUUCUUCGGGUGCACGCCUCCAUGCCCCGGACAAAUCACGUGAAUAUGAUAGGGCGCAGUGCUGCGUCGGAGCCUUCUGCGCCCGUUGCUGGCUGCCACUACAUCACAGUCUGCGAGGAAUCCAUGGAGCAAGCCGUCGUCCUGGUUUUAGCGCUUCGGUGGCUGGAAGAAAAGGGCAGAAGGAGAAGCAGCUGAAGACAGUCGGCGGCUGCCCACGGGAAGAAUCCGGACAAGCAGGUGAUGUGCGUGUUCUCUCAACUUGUCGAGUGCUUGGAAGUGGGCCCCGGGUACCAAGGAAACUGGCUCUGAUGGAUUCGACUACGUCCAAGCGCUGGUGCACAGUGAAAAUAGCGAAAACACAAGGCCAGGGACAUUCGGAUGGGCAUAUUGCAGAACUGUGCCAGUGGCCAGGGCGUUCGAAGUGGAGCAAACAGAAGCGGUUUCAGUGA